CCCGUUUAGACUACAGAACGGUCCGUCGUCGUAAUCCUUCCGUCUAAAGAUGGCGGAGUAUGCAAACAUCGUCCGAAGGGCUUUAGGGCAAAUAGGAGGUCAUGGAGGAGUCCGGGGCUUCUUUCUCCAGUUAUUCAGAGUGAAUGACAUCAAAACAGGCACUUUGAUUGGUGUGGAUAAAUAUGGGAAUAAAUACUAUGAGGACAACAAGCACUACUUCUUUGGACGUCACCGCUGGGUGAUCUACACCACAGAGAUGAAUGGAAAGAAGACCUUGUGGGAGGUGGAUGGCAGCAUGGUGCCAGCUGAAUGGCAUCGCUGGCUGCACUGUAUGACAGACGACCCUCCCACCACACAUCCUCCAGAGCCCAAGAAGUUCCUCGCUGAGGUCCAUCAGUUCAACGUGAGCGGCAGCCCACAGCAGUAUGUGCCGUACCCCACCACCCGCAAGAAGAUCCACGAGUGGGUUCCCCCUAAAGCUGGAGCCCAGUGAAGUCCGGCUUCACGCUUCAUCUUCCACAUUGUAAAUUAUGGUUUCUUGCCGCUGCAUCCAAUAUGUCCUCAAUAAAAUGUCUUUACAGAUGUUUA